AUGUGUGGCGGCACAUUAGAGCACGCAGGAAGGCGCGUGGAGAGCAUCGGCCUUUUGGCUGCUUUGUACCCAGACGCGCGAUGCGGGCACUUUCAAGUCAAUGGUGAUGAUGAGAUUGAGGACGGAGACACGUCAUCUCAUGAGCAUAGCAAAAUCACUGGUGAUGACCACAUGAAACUCAAUAGCGAUUCACUAGCUCUCGGAAGGAGCAUAUGUAUGAUUAAAGAGAUAUUAUCCACUGACCACAGAGAAAAUGGUGAUGGCAAAAGAGUUUCCCAAUUCUUGGAUGAAGCUUAUGCAAAUUUUAUGGAGAAGCUUGAUUCUAGUAGCCAUUGCUCUUCCUUGACACUUUGGGAAGGAAAAGAUGAGGUUGUAGAUGUAGGAGAUAACAAGGUCACUCAGACUUUGGCUCCCAUUCUACAACAUCCCUACUUUGGUCUUCGGGUUAGAGAAAAGGUAGAAAAUACUGCAGCAAAAGUUGAUGAGAAAAUCGUAGAGGUUUCAACAGACAUUGAGGAAUUAACAAGCAAACUAGAGGCACUAAAGCUGAAAAAUGAGUGUGUAAAGUCUCUAGAAUCUUCAAAAAAAUCCAGAUUAAUAGAGGACAGUUUGGAAGAAGCUGAGACCCUAAAGUGGUGGCUUGCAGGUGCAGGUGUGCUUUAA